AAGCUGAGUGAUCUAUGUGUUUAUUUAGUGCCCGGAAAGUACUGAGAAUAAUUUCUUGUGGUACCUACAGGGUUGAAACCACCUACAGAGAAGCAGCUUCUAUUGGUGGCUAACGCUCACAUGCACUGGGACCCUGAAUACUCAGACGUCAAACUCAUCCAGACCGUCAUGUUCCUGUCCGAGUUGAAGAGCAUCACUGAGAUGGCAUUAAGCUCCACUGGGUCCAUGUCGGCCAGCUCAGAUUCCGCCUCCUUCCCUAUUGUACUGUGUGCUGACCUCAACUCGCUUCCAGACUCUGGUGUAGUGGAAUACCUGAGCAAUGGCGGGGUUGCUGAGAACCACAAAGACUUCAAAGAGCUACGCUACAGCGAAUGUCUGAUCAACUUCAGCUGCAACGGCAAGAACGGCAAACCAGACGGCAGCAUCACCCACAGUUUCCAGCUGAAAAGCGCCUAUGAGAGCAAUCUGAUGCCUUACACUAAUUACACAUAUGAAUUUAAGGGCGUGAUUGAUUACAUUUUCUUCUCCAAGACUCACAUGAAUGUGCUGGGCCUGCUUGGUCCUCUUGAGACCCAGUGGUUGGUGGAUAAUAGCAUCAUCGGCUGUCCCCACCCACACGUCCCCUCCGAUCACUUCUCCCUCCUGGCUCAGUUGGAGUACCACCCUCCCCUGUCGUCCCUCAAUGGUCUGAACCUUCCCAUCCACAGGUAGUGAUGGAAGAAGAAAAGCCUCCACUAACGGACACAUCCCAAAGUUUCUACAAACGUCACCCAGGAGUAAAAAUUCCCCCAGUCACUCCUUUUUAAACCAUUGCACAGAAUUGCAUUAUUACAUUUUUCAGCAUUGUAAGAAAUAAGCUUAAUACCAAAUUAGGGUUGGGGUUUUACAUUUGAUUCUGACGACUGAAUCUAUAAUAUUUUCUCAUGUCCAUGUUGAUGACUGAAUGGCAGUUCUGAGAUGAUAUACCUACAUGUCUGCAGUAUUAGUGUGUGUAUGUCACACAUCUAUAAAGACUAAGAAGACUUUUCAUGUAGCAUAAUAUUUUCAUCCCACUAAUUGAGUGUUAAAUGUGUUUUCUACUUUUGUCAGUAAACAUGUUUUAUAUGUCCCCUUGUGUUUUAUCCAUUGGAACUUCUAACAGAAGAAAUGCCAACAUUUGUAAAUGUAUGCAUUUAUGCAAAACAAUCAAAGAAGAAAAUGGCAUUCUUGUAUAUAAUAAUAUUGUAGCAUCCGGUACUUCACAAACAAAAAUUCCCCAACUGUCUUUGUCUUCAAUUGUGGUAGAUACGUGCCUAAUGGUACAAAGGAAGAAAUAUGACAAAUAGCGAGAAAGAGAGAUGUGAAUUUCAUGUAUUUGCAUUGUCAGAAUUUAUGCAAAAUGAUCUUUUGUGAUGCCCUAAAUAGGCACAAUUAAAGAAGAUCCCAGCCCUACUGAUUUUA